AUGAUCCACCCAGGCUCAAAGGAGUCACAAAAUUAUGAUAUCAAUAAUCAAAGAGUUCAUCCUCAACCAAUUGAUGAGAACAUGAAUCAGAACGGGGACUCAAUGGACACUAUGAUCGGGAGGAUAUUCAACAACAUAUCCUCUUUAAAAUCUGCGUACAUUCAGCUGCAGGAAGCGCACACCCCAUAUGACCCUGACAAGAUCCAGGAAGCUGAUAAGCUUGUCAUAGAGGAGCUUACAAAACUUUCAGAACUCAAGCAUGCUUACAGAGAAAAACAUCCUAAGCCAAUAGCUGCAUCCCCUCAAGAUUCGCGCUUGCUUUCUGAAAUACAAGAGCAGCAGAAUUUGUUGAAGACCUAUGAGGUCAUGGUAAAGAAGUUCCAGUCCCAGAUCCAGACUAGAGAUACUGAGAUAACCCAUUUACAGCAGCAAAUUGAUGAAGCUAAACUUCGGAAAUCAAAGCUAGAGAAGAAACUGAAACAAAGGGGCCUACUUAACAAGGAAUCAGAGGAAUCUGAUGAAGAAGAGAACUACUUCUCCAUUGAAUUGACACCAAGUUUGUUUACAUCUGCUGUCGAUAACGCACACCAGUCGAUACAUGACUUUUCAAAGCCUUUGAUCAACAUGAUGAAGGCUGCAGGUUGGGAUCUUGAUGGGGCUGCUAAUGCGAUUGAACCUGGUGUAGUUUACACAAGAAGGGCUCACAAGAAGUUUGCUUUUGAAUCCUAUAUUUGCCAAAGAAUGUUCAGUGGGUUCCAAGAAGAGAGCUUUUCUGUCAAGGAUUCUAAUAUAAGUGUUUCCAAUGAGGCUUUCUUCCAUCAAUUCCUCGCAGUGCGAGCCAUGGAUCCUCUGGAUGUCCUGAGCCAGAACCCUGACUCAAUAUUCGGGAAGUUCUGCAGAAGCAAGUACCUAUUGCUUGUGCAUCCAAAAAUGGAAGGUUCUUUCUUCGGCAACAUGGAUCAGAGGAACUACGUCAUGAGCGGUGGCCAUCCAAGGACACCUUUCUACCAGGCAUUCCUAAAGCUAGCAAAGUCCAUAUGGCUGCUGCACAGGUUGGCGUACUCCUUCGAUCCAAAGGCAAAGGUAUUUCAAGUGAAAAGGGGAAGUGAAUUUUCGGAAAUCCACAUGGAAAGCGUUGUGAAGAGCAUCAUCAUAGAAGAGGGUGCGGAGAGGCCAAAAGUUGGCCUGAUGGUGAUGCCUGGUUUCUUGAUUGGGAGCAGCGUCAUACAGUCCCGAGUGUAUCUUUCAGAUGCCAAUCACCGUCAGUCUCUGCUCUCAACUGCUGCCAUGGCAGUCACAUCCGACAGCACCCAUCCCCCUCCCUCCGUCACCCACGACCUCGACGAGGAUGACGACGAUGAAGAAUUCGACGACGACGGCGACGACUUCGAUGACGAGGCCGACGACGACGACGAUGGCGGCGAACCCCCCGCGUCCUCGUCCGAGGCGACUCGCCUCGAGGCCGUGCUCCGGCGGCUCACCGCGGACGAGGUCCGGAUCCGGGUGCACCAGGUCACGAUCCGGGGCUGCGCCCGCACGCGCCGCGCCGCGGUCGAGGCGGCUGUCGGCCCGGACCUCGCGCGCGCCGCCACCGUGCGGGACCUCGUGCGCGCCGCCGCCGCGGCCGGCGACCGGCUCCGUCGCCUCGGCACCUUCGACACUGUCUCGAUCACCCUCGACGCGGCGCCGCCAGGGAUCCCCGGCAGCGCCGUCGUCGUCCUCGUUGACGUCGCGGAGGCCCGCGGCCGCGCUGCCGGUGAUUUCGGCGUCUUCACCAACACACAGACUAGAUCAUGCUCACUUGAAGGUUCAGUGAAGUUGAAGAACCUAUUUGGAUUCUGUGAGACCUGGGAUGCAUCAGGUGCUCUUGAAUUAUAUAAGACAGCAGAGCUAAGUGCUGGAGUCCAAAUGCCUAGAAUCGGAGCAAUACCAACUCCGCUGAUGGCUAGAAUAUCAUUUCUGUCUGAGGACUGGUUGAAGUCCUCACUCAAAGAACACCUGAUGGCCGUUUCUGUUGGCUUGCUCUCCACCAUGAACCACAACCUUGCUUACAAUUUGACAUGGAGGAAAUUAACUGAUCCAACACGUAUGUCAUCCAAUUCCGUACAAGAGGAAUUAGGACAUAGCCUUUUGUCCUCUAUUAAGUAUGCGUACAAGGUUGACCAAAGGGAUUCAAGCAUAAGACCUACACGUGGAUAUGCUUUUCUGUCGUCUUCUCAAGUUGGAGGGCUCGCACCAGGGAGCAAAUGUUCACGAUUUCUUAGGCAGGAAUUUGAUCUUCGAGUGGCUUUGCCUCUGGGUGUGCUGAAUGGUGCUCUGAAUGCUGGAGUGGCUGCGGGAGUCAUCCAUCCAUUGGAAAGGGCAUCCACAGGAUCUGUCUCACCACUUUUAGAAAGAUUUUACUUGGGUGGAAAUAGGCCUCUUGUAUGCCGGUUGGGUGGACCAUCUUCACUAUUAGGCUUCAAAACAAAAGGACUGGGGGCAACAGAAUUCAGAACACGUGACCCCAAUAAUUCUGACAUUGGCACUUCCCCUUCUCCUGAGCUAAAUGGUCUUGGAGGUGACAUAGCAGUGACAGCCUUUGCUGACCUGUCAUUUAAUCUGCCUCUGAAGCUACUCAGGGAGCUGGGAAUUCAUGGCCAUGCUUUUGUCUGUGCUGGAAAUCUUGGUAAAUUAACGGACUGUGAUCUUCGGAAGUUCCCUGUUACUGACUUCCUACAAACAUUCAGAAGUUCAGCAGGAUUCGGCGUUGUUGUACCAACCAGACUGUUCCGUAUAGAGGUGCCAUGGUCAUGGACUUUGCUCCUCAUGUUACAAAAUUAUGUGAAUUAUUACCUAGAGAAGCAUGUAUUUUGGACGGCCGUCCCUGACGCGCUGGAGAUUAGAUCAUUUUCACUGGAAGUUUCACUGAAGUUGAAGAACCUAUUUGGCUACUACGAGACCUGGGAUACAUCAGGUGCUCUUGAAUUAUGUCACAUAGCAGAAAUAAGUGCUGAAAUGCCAAGACUACAUGCCAGGAUAUCAUUUCUAUUGGAGGAUUGGUUGAAAUCCUCACUCAAAGAGCACACUAUGGGUGUUUCUGUUGGCUUGCUCUCCACUAUGAAUCAUAGCCUUGCCUAUAACCUGAUGUGGCGAAGUUUAACAGAUCCAGCACGCAUGUCAUCCAAUUCCAUACGACAGCAUUUAGGACAUAGGCUUUUGUCCUCUAUUAAGUAUGCAUACAAGGUUGACCAGAGGGACUCAAGCAUAAGGCCUACACGUGGGUAUGCUAUUUUGUCAUCUUCCCAAGUUGGAUGCUUUGCACCAGGAAGCAAAGACUCGUGGUAUCUUUGA